CGCUGCGGGCACCGCCUCCGGUCCUGACCCCGGCCCUGACCCCUGUCCUGUCCCCCCGGCCGUACCCGCCUGCCCCGCCGCCUCCCAGCACAGCGUCUAAUGGCGGCCCUGCGCGCCCUCCUGCUCCUCGGGCUGUUCCUCACGGCGCGGGGGCAGCGGCCGAGGCGGCGGCGGCCGCCCCCUGCCCAAAGCCCGCUGGACAAGGUGGCGGCUCAGGAGGGGCUCAGCCUCCCCCAGCUCGCAGGGAUGUGGUUCCUGGUCAGCGUGGCCUCCCGCUGCAGCCACCUGGCAGAGCAUAGCCACCAGCUGGAGGCCACGACAGUGAUGGUGACCGUCCUGGACGGACAAAGCCUGGCCAUCAGCACCCUCAGGAAGCUGGAUGGGAUGUGCUGGGAAAUCAGGCAGCGCUACCUCCCUGCCCAGGCCCCUGGACGCUUCCUGCUGAAGGGCCAUGGGCACAGCAGCAAGGUGGAUGUGGUGGUGGGUGAGAUGGACCCCAGCAGCUUUGCCAUCCUCUAUUACCAGAAGGGCCGGAGCGUCUCUGUCAAGCUCUAUGGACGGACCAGCCGGGUCAGCGACGCCGUCGCGGACAAGUUCGAACAGCACGUGAGGGCUGUGGGUCUCAGUGAGGAUGUGACCUACUACUUCCCCACCUACGGGUUUUGCGACUCCGCAGACGAGUUUCAUGUCCUGGAUGAAACAAAGCUGUAGGUGCAGAUGGAGUUGCCGGGGUUUCCCCAGAGCUCACCCCUCACCUCAUUUAGCUGCCCAUGGCCACGUGGGUCUGAGCCGUGCUUUGCUCAUCCUCCUCUGCUGCACCACAGCCCUGGAGCCAGCUCUGGGGCUCUCCAGUGCCUCCAGCUGUGCUGGCAGCUGCAUCCAUCCUGGUCCUGCACCCUCUCAGUUUGUGUCACCCCUGUGCUCUGUGCACCACUGUCCUGCAGGAGCCAGCAACACCCCAAUAAACACCUCAGAGAAGA